AUGUCUGGACAUAGGCUUAUCUGCAUUAACGAACUUCUCGAAAUGAUCCUUCUGCAAACAGACUUGCCGCCUUCAGAUAGCCUUAUUCUUCAGACCCUCCGACGGCCGAUCAUACCCGGCCAGAAACGCACGCAGAACCCCUUCCUCGAAGACAUCUGGCUUCGAGUCUGGCGAAAACACAAUCCCCCCGAUUUGAUCCGUCGAUAUCGCAAAACUCCCCUGCCCACCCCGGAAGAAGAAAACGCAUAUAGGCGGAAAGAAGCAAGCUGGCAACGAAUGCUUCUCUACCAACCCCCAACGUCACACAUCGGCAUCAUCGAGACUCAGGGUACUGAGCGGAGACCGCUUUUCUCGGAAGCCGUAAUGAAACCAUACCGCGACUUCCUCCGAUUGUGGAUCUUGCGCAGCAUAAUAUGGAGACCACACCGAGUGCGCGGGCGAGGCGAGCCCUUGGUAUGGUGUGAGUCUGGAGAACUGUACGGAGAAGAUCGGCGACCGUUGGCCAAAUGUGCUACAAUAGCUGCUGAGUAUCUGGCGGAUUGUGAUGUUGUGGUAAUUGGUCGGACGCUUAGCUCUAUUUGUGGCCCUUCAAAACAUCGGGGUUUUCCAAUACCUAGAACGGAAUUCUGGGUGAUGAUUAAUGAUUUUGUUGGAGUUUUGGAGAGUCGUCAUCGUUUGGAUAUUUCUGAUCUUGCUGCUUAUGUGACUGUUCCUGCUGGGAGUUCGCUUACCAAGGCCAAUGCCCAAGUUAAUCAAUUCUAA